AUGCCUGCAAUUGUCUACUUGGGGAGUAUCCUAGCUAAGCCACCCAUGCGGGUUCAACAAGGAUCGCUGGUUGUAAGAUGGCUGUCCUUGGUUUCUUGCCUCCAGUUAUGCGCAUUUGUGUUGUCUAUUCUAGCCUGGAUCAUGUGCAUUUCAUCAACAGCUACUGGUAACUGGAGAGAGUGGCACGUAGAAAACCGGAAGGAAAUCACCAAUGGAAUCAUGUUCAUUGGAAUCUGGAAUGUCUGUUAUGGGCAUGCCCCUAAUGAGCUUGAAGAGGAUAGUUAUUGGCAUUGUAAAGAAUUUACUGAGCAAUACCCGACUCUCCCCAAGGAAAUUUUUAUUGCUCAGGACCUAAUGUCAUUAGCUUCCAUAGUGAAUGCAGUGGCUAUAGGGUUUAUGUCCUUUGCCUUAUAUAAUGUUUUCAAGCCUGUAAAACAUAAGAAUUUUAUCUUCAUAUUUUUUGGUCUUGGAGCUGCCCUGAACUCAUCUGCAGGAAUACUUGUCUUAAUUCCAGUUUCUUGGAAUAUGUAUUCUGUCUUGCAAGGACAGGAAAUUCACUUCCCAAUAUCUUUUCAAUUGCCUAAAGUUCCAAGAAAACAGCAUAUUGGAGCUUCUAUUUAUAUGGGAUAUAUUGCUGCAGGUCUAGAAUUGCUGAGUGCAUCACUUGUAGUCAUUGAGGGAUGUUGCUCAAAGUCCAGAGAAGUAUCCAUGCUAGAAACUGUGGUGAUACAUUCCCCAGGAGCUGCAGUAAAAAGUGAGAGUCAAACUACUUGUCCAAAGUGUGGUUCUACUGUGGAUCUUGUAAUCCAAAAUACAUCCAGCAUUGAUGACAAACCUGAAAGCAGUAAGAAAACAUACAAAAACUCAGCUGAAAGUCCUGAAGACCCACCAGUACAUAUUCCAAAACACUCUGUUAUAUUUGUGACUCCAUGCAAGUAA